AUGAUAAAUACUUUACCUAGAUAAUAAGAAGAAGUAAAGUAUUAAAAUACUAAUGAAAUACACAACCAACUUGAUUACAGAUAAGGAAAUUCUGUUGUUGGAAGACUUUUCAUGUUGAAUGUAGCUAAAAUAGCAUUUAUUAUUAAGAAAGCUCUUAAUAGUGGAUUAAAACUGAACUUUAAUCAUAUACCAAAACUUAUGGAUGAUUAAAAAGUAGAAUAUAAUUCUAAAUAUUUUAUUGAAAAUCUUGAUAAAGUACUAUAGAAAUCUGAAUUAACUCCAUUAAAAGUUUGGUUUUGCUUACUCUCUGUUUUCAAAAAGAAGAUCAUGAUCAUUGUUUGCUACAUGUUUUUUAAUAUAUCACUAAAGUUGUUUAAUUCUGUGGCUUUAAACUUUUGCAUCCAGGCUAUCUUAAAUUAAGAUUAAGAUGGAUCUUAUCUAUGGGGAGCUAUAAUGAUGAUUUCUAUGCUUUUAUCUAGCUUAUUCAGGCAAAAUGACUGGACAUUAGGUUAUAGCAUGAACACAGAAUUGAGAGGAGCUUUCGCUUUUACUAUUUAUAAAAAAAUUAAUAAUUUAAGUGCUUAUGAAAUUAAGAAAGCAAAUCUUGGUAAAGUAAUUAAUUUAGUUUCUAGUGAUCUUAAUAUCAUUGAGGCAAAAUUUAUUUACUUAUUUUAAUUAGCAGCUUCACCUUAUACAUUAGGUGUUGCUUGCAUCAUUUUAAGCUUUAGACUUGGUCCAUUAGGAAUGCUAAGUAUUUUAUUUUUAAUAUUAACUUUUCCUAUCCAGAGGUGGAUUGGUAAAAUGGCUUCUAGACAUACAUCAAAAAGAAUACAAAAGAGUGACGAAAGAAUAAAAUUAAUCAAUGAGAUAUUAGAAGGAAUUAGGAUUGUUAAAAUAUAUGGAUGGGAAGAAGCAAUUAAGAUGAUUAUAGAAAAAAUAAGAAGCGAGGAGAUUAGAGAGCUAAUUAGAGCGUGUGUUCUUUAGUAUAUAGAUAAAUCUAUAUCUAUUUCAAGUGUACUUUUAUCAGCCGCUUUAACAUUUAUGAUUAUUUAUUACUAGGGUUCUUACGAAUUAAAUAGUGCUAAGAUAUUCUCUACUAUUGAAAUGCUCUCAUAUCUUAGAACAAACUUAAUGAUGUAUUCAGGAUAUGCAUUUGGUUUCAUUUUCGAAUUGUAAAUAUUUUUGAAAAGAUUCAUAGAAAUUUACUCACUCAAGUAACCUAAGAGCAAUCAAGCAGAAUUUAAUGAUUUAAAUAUUUUAGAGCAAAAUGAAUUGAUAAAGUUUUAAAAUUUCUAUGCUUACUGGAAUACACCACAAUUACCAAAUAAUGAAAAAUAAAACUUGAAUUAGAUUAUUGUAUCAGAAUAAAACACAGUAAAAACAGAAAAUGAAAUCAGUAAAAUUAUAGAGAGCAAUUAACAGCAAGCUGUUUUAAAGAACAUUUCUUUGUCUAUCAAAUUUGGAGAUCAUGUUGCUGUAGUUGGUAAAAUAGGAAGUGGCAAAACUUCAUUUUUGUAAUGCUUCUUGGAAGAAAUUCCUUAUUUUGAAGGUAUAUUUUAGAUUAAGAAACAAAAUAAAAAUUAAAAAGAAUUAAGCUUUGCUUAUGUUGAAUAAGAGCCAUAUAUUUUUUCAAGUACAGUAAGAGAAAAUAUCUUAUUUGGAGCAGAGUAUAACGAAUAAUGGUAUAGUUAAGUUGUAAAAUCUUGCUGUUUAAUAACUGACUUAGAAUAGUUUUAAAAUGGCGAUAGUACAGUUAUUGGAGAAAGAGGAGUAAAUUUAAGUGGAGGUCAAAAAGCUAGAAUUUGUUUUGCUAGAGCUAUCUAUAGAAAUGCUGAUUUGUAUCUUUUAGAUGAUCCCCUCAGUGCUGUUGAUUCUAAAGUAGCUUUUGAGCUUGUCAAAAAUUGUAUUUUGGGUUUGUUGAAAGAUAAAACUAUCAUUUUAGUCACACACCAAAUUCAUUUUACAAAGUAUUGUGAUAAAAUUAUUAUGUUGGGUGAAGAGGGUUCAAUAUAAAAAUUAGGAAAAUUUGAAGAUCUUCAAGAAGAGUUAAAAAAGUUGGCAGCUGGAUAGCUAAAAUUCGAAAAAAUGGAUAAAAACGAUGAAGAUAAUGUGGAACAAAUUUAAACCUUAAGUGAAAUUAAUUAGUAUAUAUAGCUUGACGACAUAUAAAAUAAAGAAAUGAGGCAAGAAAUAAUAGGUUAUGAAGAAAUAAAGUUAAAAUAAGAUAUCAAGCGAAAUGAGGAAAAGAAUUAGAGUGAAUAAAUUAAAAUCAGUUUAUCGACUUACACAGAAUUUGUAAAAAGAAUUAAUUAAGCUUUUAAAUGCUUCCCCUAUAUUACUUUGAUUUUAUUCAUACUCUCUGAAUGCGCUUUUACCACAUUUAAUAGAGGUCUUGGCUUUUUUGAUCAAACUUCUUCAGAUUCAAAAGGAAAUCUUUUCGGAUUUCUUAUUGGAUUUGCGUUUUUAUAUUUGAUAUUGAAUGCAACAAAGUUUGUUGUUCUUUCAACAGGCAUUUCACUUGGAAAUAAAAACCUCCACAACAGCAUGUUUAAAUCACUAAUUAGAGCUCCAAUUUUAUUUUUUGAUAAAACUCAUAGUGGAAAUCUGAUGAAUAAAUUUUCAAAUGAUGUAAGUUUGCUUGACAAUAAUUUACAUUUUGCUUCCAACGACUCUUUAGAUAUAUUUUGUAAUUUCUUCAAUUUGAUGAUUACUUGUAUUGUAUUUAAUCCUUACACAGUAAUACCUGGGUUUUUUGAGCUAGUUCUUUUGUUUUUCUUUUUGUUAUAUUGUAAAGACAUAAUAAAUUAGACUAGAUAGCUAGAUCUUUCUCAUAAGACUCCAGUCUUUCAGCAUUUUUAAUCCACUGUAUAAGGUUCUAUUGCAAUAAAAGUAUAUCAAUAGAACGAUGCUUUUUUAAAAAAAAUGCAAAUACUUGCAAACAACAGUGUUACUGCUAAUUAAUCUUUUUGGAUGGCUAGCAGAUUUUUUGGCAGUUUUACUUAAAUUUUUGCAAUAUUAUGUUCUACUGUAGGAGUCUUUUUAAUUUUAUCUCUACCAAACAAUGAUCCUACUAAAUAGGCUCAAAGUUUGACAUAUUUCAUGUUAAUUGUAGAUGCUAUUCAAUGGUGCUUGAGAUAAAUGCUAACAACUGAUUCUAUAAUGUCCUCAUUCGAAAGAGUUAAGAAUAUUUCUACAUUGGAAUCUGAAGCUCCCUUAUAAGAGAGUGAAGAAGUUAGGAUUAAAUAUUAAAAAGAGCUUUAAAAUUGGCCUUAAAAUGGAUAAAUUGAAUUUUAAAAUGUUUUUAUGAGGUACAGUAAAGAGACCAAUCCUGUUCUUAAAGGACUAAGUUUUAAAAUUCAGCCUGGAUAAAAAAUUGGAUGUGUUGGUAGAACUGGCGCAGGCAAAUCAUCAGUUUUGCAAACCUUAUUUAGAUUAACGGAGCCAGAAGAAGGUUCAAUAAUUAAAAUAGAUGGAAUAGACACUUCUCAAUUAGGACUUCAUACAUUGAGAUAAAGAAUUUCAAUUAUUCCGCAAAUUCCUUUUGUUUUUCAAGGGACGAUUAGGAGAAAUCUUGAUCCUUUUAAUUAAUAUAGAGAUGAUUAAAUAUGGGAGAGUCUUAAAAUGGUAGAAUUAGAUUAUUAUGUAAAAAAUAAUUGCUUGUAAGGUCUCUAUACAGAUAUGAGUAUAGCAUCAAGCGUCUUUUCUGUAGGCUAGAAACAAUUAAUAUGCCUUGCUAGAGCUCUUCUCAAAAAAAAUAAAAUUUUAGUUUUAGAUGAAGCGACAGCAAAUGUAGACAUGGAGACAGAUAAUCUAAUUUAGAAAACAAUCAGGAGUAAAUUUAAUGAUUCUACGGUAUUAACAAUCGCACAUAGAUUGAACACAAUUGCUGAUUAUGAUAAAAUUAUAGUGAUGAAUGAAGGAGUUUUGGCUGAAUUUGACUCUCCUUUUAAUUUAUUAGCAGAAUCUAUAGAUGAUGAAUGUAUAACCAAGCAAAGUUUAUUUGCGUAGAUGGUAAAAAAUACUGGUAAAAAUAACUCUCAAACAAUAUUCUAGAUAUCAAAAAAGAAGUUUCUGGAAAAAUGA